GUAUUGUUUAUAUUUGUCCAUGUUUGGUAUGUUUAUGAAGGGUUAUGUUGUUUUUCAGGGUUUUGCAUGAUCAGUUGAUUUGCGAUUCGGUUAUUGUGCCGUAUUUGUUGUAGGAGUUCCGAUUAGCAGGUGCGGUAGGCGGCGGUGUGAGUUUGUGGAGAGCAUCUUCGUAGUGGUCCUCCGGGGGCGUAUCUUUUGUUGUUGGCGGAAGUCGGCAAGCGGUGCGAACAUUUUUUAGGUUUAACAGGUGACGAAUCGAUUUGUUUAUUUUUUAAAGGUAAAUUGUCGCAUACCAAAGGAAGUCGUUUUCCAGGUUUACGUGAUUUGUUUAAUUUGCAUUUGAUUUGAUAUGUAUGUGCAAUUUUGUUGAUACAUCUGUUGCUGGUGUGUACAGUUAAUAGAGAGAUUAACUGGUGCAGAAGUGUUUUCAGGUUCAUACAUUGAUUUAUUAGUAGUAAACGUGAAAGUAGAAUGGAGUUUGAGAAUUGGAGUAUAGAGGUGCCAGUAGAUAAUUGUGAAAGCAUAAGUGAAGGAGUAGAAAACAUUGAAGGCAUAAAUGAAGGAGUAUUUAAUUUUCAAGGAAUAAAUGAAGGAGAAGAUAAUAUAAAUGAGGAUGAGGUUGAGGAUGAGGAUGAGGAUGAGGAAGAUGAGAAUUUGGUUAUUGAUUUACAGGAGAAUUGUGAAGAAGAAGUGGAAAAUGUUGUUAAUGAAGGAAGAUCUGAGGUUUUUGACAGUGAAAACGGGGUGAUAGUUUCUACUUUGGAUGAUAUUUUUAAUUUAGAUUUGCAUUUAAGUCCCUAUGAACUCAGGAAUGUUCAAUUUGUAAGUGUUGAGAUGGCUUACUUAUUUUAUUACUGGUUUGCAAGAGUUAAUGGAUUUGCUGCAAGAAAGAGCAAGAUUUUGAGAAAUAUUAAGGGGGAAAAAUUACAACAAACAUUUGUUUGUUUCAAGGAAGGAUUUAGAGAUAAGCGGCGUAUGAACAUACAGAAUCGAAAGCGAAAGGAAACACCGGUGACAAGGUGCGGAUGUGAAGCAAAACUAAGAGUGCAUAUUGAUAGCACAUGUGGACUAUGGUACAUUACAUAUUUUGUGGAUGAUCACAACCAUAGUUUUUUGGAAGAUAAGUAUUGUAGAAUGUUAGCUUCUCAUAGAGAUAUGAGUGAGUUAGAUAUUAUGCAGUUGAAUAAAAUGAGAAAAGUUGGCAUAAGUAGUCCUCAUAUUUAUGGGUCACUUGCAGAUCAGCCUGGAGGUUAUGAGAGACUUUCUUUUUGUAAAAAGGACAUAUACAAUCAAAUUGGAAGGCAAAGAAGGUUGCAAGGUUUGGAUUCAAAAUGUGCGUUGGAAUUUUUGAAUGGUUUAAAACGCAAUGAUCCUGUAAUGUAUGUUGGUCACACUGUUGAUGAG